GAAAGUAGAAAAAUAAAAAAAAAAAUGGAGUAGCUAAGCUGGAAAUGGAAAUAGUUUAGUAAACAGCACAGUGCUCUAACAGUGUUACAUUUUAGAGUCUGUAAAAUGCACCUUCCAACAGGAUCUACUUCAGCCUUUGGUCACCAAAGUGGAAACACCAGCUCUAGGUCUCCUGUAACUCCCCGCCCCCAGUCACGGCCGUACGCUGAAUAUGUUGCCCAGCAACAGAGGGUACUCUCCUCAUGUCGGAAUGUUCACAAAGACCUGGCAGAUGGUCCGAGACUAUGGCGUCAAAUGAUGAUUGGCUUCACAUGUGCUGGCUUUGUUGGGCUCGUUAUGCUGGUGCUCGGCACUGUUUUUAUUGCUGAAGCUGUUGGCAAGCAGCAGCCUAUUACUGUCAUGUUGUGUGUGAUGGGUAUUGUAUUUGGUAUAAUCAUCCUUGUUGGAACUAUAAUUCUUGGAAGACUUCUUAUUUCACGCAAGUGGCUUAGAUGUCAAGGACGUGACACAAUUCCAGCAUCCCAGUGCUUUCACACCUGUUCUGUGAUCUACAGCCCAUCCCUGGACCAGCUUGGGGCCAGUGAGGCCAUGGUAGAGCCACCCCCAGCGUAUGAUUCUGUCAUUUCCAUAGUGCUCCACCCCAUCCACGGGUCCAGUGCUCCCCCCUACAUGGAGCAGCCCGAGGAUGAUAUAGACCAGACUACAGCUAUGGUGCUGCCACCUAAGUACGAUGAAGUCACCAAGCCUUUACCGGAGUAUUUUGAGGAGGAAUGUGUGGGGUGAGCUUGGACCAUGUAAGGGAGCAAACUGAGCCAAAACUUUUCAAAAUACAUUUUAAACAUGUAAUGCAACAAAACACAUCAACUAACAUUAAUCAGUAAAGUAAAGCAGCUUUUAUAGAGUCACGUGAAAGUAACAAAAAAUAGUUACAUAUAUUCAUAAGUUUACACUAAAAUAAUUGUUAUCUUAAGGAUAUCUUGUAGCAGAUAGUCUAUCCACCCACUACCAAUUACCUUGGGUUCAACAUUGUGGGCUUGGGCACUAGUGUCAGAAGUUGGACUUAAAGAGUAGGACAGUGAUAGUUU